UGAAAUAUAGUUACAAAUAAAUGCAAUGUAAUUUUUAUAAAAUCACACGAUCGGUUUAAAGGUAUUAUUCUAAUUUAAAUUAGUUUAAAUAAUUACUGAUCUAAUUAAAACAUUUUAUACAAUUUUUAGAGAAUUGGAUGAGUGUAAUACCUCUAUUAAUAAUUUUGUUUUUAGUAUGUAUGGAGUAGACACUUACAGACAGUCAAGUGCAACGCACGGUAAUUCACUGUGGAGUAACUGGUUCCCAAGGUUAUGUAAGAAUUAUAUAUUUCCCUCUCCAGAGUCUGCACUUCUUUCAUCCUGUUCUUGCCUGACACAUUCUCUCUGUCUAUAAAAUGCUAUGGGUAUUCUCAUUGGUUCACUACUUCGUAGUCUCCUUAUACUCACUCUCUUCUGAUACUUUCACUUUAGUAUAGUAUAGUGUAAGAUUCCGGAUUGUUCCAAUAUAAAUUACAGAAUCGUUCCUAUAUAUUAAUUAAAAAAAUACUUCUUUAUCUACAAACUUAUGCAAUGCUAUUUAAAAAAAACAAAUUCAUCUACUUUUUAAAAUUAAUUCAAAUUUAACGACAUCUUUGAAAUAAAUUCACAAUUUUUAUAUAAUAUGAUAAUUCUCUUACAAUAAAAUGAUCUGAAAACACAAAGUGAAGUGAGCAAUGUUUCUUUCUUGACACGAAGGAGCUUAACCAAUCUCUAUGGCUAUAAAUCAUUUAGCUUUCCUUAAUUAAAGAAUACUCAACGUUACAUGUUUUUAAUUAGAUUUCGCUUUAUGGAGGACAGGUUAAGAGGUUUGCAUUUAGUUGAAACUUUGAUAAACAGAACGGACUCGUUUCUCAACUUAAGCUCUGUGGCCUGACAAGAUAAGGAAGCCGGUGUCUGGAACAAGGAAUCCUUGUUCUGGAAGUAAAAUGACCGCCUGGCGAUUUAUCUUAAUUACAAUAGUCUUAAUGAAGACGAAAGAUUCUCGUGUGAUCAACGGCGAGGUUUCCCCGGAUAAUUUAACUCCAUAUUACAAUGAAUCUAUGGAGAUCGAGAAACGCCUCCCAGAGGAUGUAGUUCCCAGGAAAUAUGUGAUUGCGAUUUCGACUGACUUUAAAAAGGACGAAUUUCACGGUAGCGUUCGCAUCGAUCUCGAAUUACUAAAAGACCGAAGUUAUAUCGUUUUACACUCGAAGGAUCUAACCAUAUCGUCAACCAAAUUAUAUGCAGAAAAAUCUCAAACGGAAGUACGAAUACAGUAUGUCUAUCCUGUAAAAAAACGUGAGAUGUUGGUUAUCAAGCCUUAUAGAAAUAUCUCUUUAGGAGAAUACUUCUUGAAAAUGAAUUUUAGUGGUAGUUUAAAAGGAAAAAUAAGAGGAUUCUAUUUGAGCACCUACGUAGAAGAAAAUAAGUCUGUUCGAAAAUUAGCAGUGUCCCAAUUCGAGCCAUUCUACGCUCGAACAGCUUUUCCUUGUUUUGACGAACCAAACUUCAAGUCCAUUUUUAUCAUUCGUCUCGUCUAUUCAAAGAAGUUUUUAUAUCAUGCACAAUCUAAUAUGCCAAUUGUAAAAAUGGAGACGAUGAAAAGUGAUAGCGACAAAACGAUCACAUAUUUCGAGCCUACGCCACCAAUGUCCACUUAUUUCGUUGCCUUCCUCGUCAGUGACUUCGAGUGUUUAGGAUCUAACAUGGAUCUUCUGAACGGAAGUAAAAUACCAGUUGCUGUCUGUGUAAGACCUAUGUUCAAGCAAAAAGCAGUAUUCGCCUUAAAUGUCACAAUUAAAGCGAUGAAGUAUUAUCUAGAGAUGUUUCAAAUCGACUAUCCGCUACCAAAAAUAGAUCUAGUCGCCAUACCCGAUUUCUCAGCAGGCGCCAUGGAAAACUGGGGCCUGAUCACAUUCCGUGAAACAGAGCUUCUUCAUAGCGAGAACGACAGUUCUUGCCACAAUAUGAGAAGCGUCAGCUUGACGGUAGCCCAUGAAUUGGCACACAUGUGGUUCGGCAAUCUGGUCACCAUGAAAUGGUGGGACGAUCUUUGGUUGAACGAAGGUUUCGCCACUUACAUGGAGCACGUAGCAGUUGAUUCCUUGUUCCCCGACUGGAAGCUGAUGGAUUCCUUUCCACUAUACACGAAAUACGUUUCUAUGAGGCACGAUAUCAAACUACGUACUCGCCCAGUUGUAAAACGAAUCGAAGAUCUGAAUGAAAUAGAAGAAAUGUUCGAUCGAAUUUCAUAUCAAAAAGCGGCGUCGGUGAUUAGGAUGCUCGAGGACGCGGUUGGCAAUUCUAAGUUCAUUUCUGCUGUCAGAAAGUAUCUGAGAAGGUACCAGUUUCGUAACGCGGAGUCCCGCGAGCUAUUCGAUAUCCUGGGGGAAACUACACAAGCCGCCAUCGAUGUCGUCGAUUUCGUCGGUCGAUGGAUGAGGUUCCCCGGAUUUCCGGUGAUCAACGUCCGUCGAGACAAUGCAGGCUUUCAACUAUCCCGGCGACGCUUCGCGACGAGUACACGAUUUAGUGAAACGAUCGACGAUGGAAGUUGGACAAUUCCGAUUAGAUACGUAACAAGCAGGAAAAAUGGUAUCAAACUGGAUUGGUUUCUCGCGAACUAUUCUUGCGUGGAAUUGUCACUGGACAAGUCAGUGGAUUGGAUCAAACUGAAUCAUGAUUCGAUCGGCUAUUACAUCGUGAAUUACACGGAAGAUGCCUGGGACGUUUUCAGCAAUUUAUUAUUUUACAACCAUUCGAUGUUAAGCGCAAUGAACAGAGCGGACUUGUUGCACGACGCUUUUCUUCUAGCGGAAACUGACUUGAACUAUUCUAUAGCUAUGAACCUAACUUCUUAUCUCAUAAACGAAGACGAUUAUCAACCAUGGGUCGUGGCUAUGAGAUGGUUCGGACAAAUGAACAGACUUCUUGAUAGAACCCAUAUACUUCCACGUUUUCAAUCGUAUGCGAGGAAUCUGAUCAACAGAAUUUAUCGUCAAGUAGGAUGGCAUAUUCAUGGAAAAGAUUCAUUUAAAGACAGAGAAUUUCGCGUCUUGAUAUUGAACGCAGCUUGCAGCGUAGGCCACGAACACUGCCUCGAGACAGCCGGAAGGAGGCUGCGGAAAUUUCUGUUGGAGAAGAGCGGCGGUGGUAGCGAGCAAAUGUUACCAGCCGAUAUUCGGUCUAUCGUCUAUUCGUUUGGCCUCGUUACGAUGUCGGCCGACGUCGGAUCGAUAUUUGAGAAAAUGUCGCGACUACUCGAGACGGAGAACGACGCACAGGAAAGAGAACGUCUGAUGAUCGGGAUGACUGGAGUUGCGGACAAAGAUAUUCUUAAUCGAUAUUUAGAGCGAGCAACAGACGAGACAUUCAUUCGCAAGCAAGACUUUGCAGAGCUGUUGAUGAAGAUCGCCGCGAAUCCCGUGGGAUUGGACGUCGUCUGGAAUUUUGUACGAUCUCGAUGGGAAGUUCUACUUAGAAAAUAUGAAACAAACGAGUACACUUUUGGGAAUAUCGUCUGUGCAAUCGUAUCCUUGUUUAAAGAUCAUCAAAGGCUACAAGAGGCGAAACAAUUUUUUCUAAGGGAAGUUGAGCUGAAAGUAACUGAAAAUGCUAAGAGAAAUGCGAUCGAGGAGAUCGAAAACAGCAUUAAUUGGCUGGAGGCAAACUCUCAAAGCAUCGAGCAAUGGCUGUCGUCUAAUGGUUUCGAUUAAUACCUUCAUUUUAAUACGAUCCAAGAUCUACGAUUUAAUUAGACCGCCAUAUCUACGCCAGGUAUUUAAUUAACGGAAACGCCCGAGUGUAUUUUGAAAUCCAUUAUCGGACACUAUUAGCGCGAUCAGAUGAAUGUUCUGCGAUCUGUCCGAAGAUAUGCGAUCGAUAUCUCUGUAGCAAUCUCAGUUCGAUUAACACUACGUUCUACAAUAGUAAAUCAGUCGCAAACAAAAUAAAUACAUAACGCUCGUUAUUGUCAAUUUUUUUCACACUCAUAAUGUAUUUAUAACAUUAUUACGUUAUAUUAUAACAUUUACAAUAUUUUACGAAUGUCGUUUCAUAAAUAUUUAAUGCGCAUAAGAACAAUGAUCAUUUUGUCACAAAAUUUUUAAUUCGUUUAAUCGUUCUAUCCUUACUUUUUCAAAUUUCGAAAUACUCUACUCAUAAAAUAUCUGGAAUGUACAAAAAGUAUUUUCAUAGAAAAUAAUUAAUACAAAGUUUUAAUACAAUAUUACCAUUAACAUGGAAUAGAUCGAUAGGUACAUACAUCGAAUUAUAUCAUUAUAUCCAAUGAAUAAAUCUUCUUGCUUAACUAUCUGUUGUAUUGCUGUUUGCGAUCUAAGUUACUCUGGCUUUGACAUAAUUUGCACCUGUGUGCCGACGAAGAAACUAGUUGAUUCGAAGGACCACCCUCGUUUAGACAAGAAAAGUACUGUAGUUGUCUACUUGAUAGAACUAUUUACAGAAUACUGGCAGCUGUCCAGUAAUCAUGCUUAAAUAAUCUAUGUGGGAGUGGUGUCUUCAGGUUCCUUAGCGUUUGACAGGAUACAGAUCCUGGUCACGGGUCUCUUAAAACUUAGCCAACCGCGCGCACUAUAGCGAGCUAUACGUUUCCACCGCCCUCGGACAACUUAUACGCUAACCACCACACAUUUUUCCAAGUAUCGAGGACUAAUAUUAACUAUUAAAAAAACAAAGAAGUCUAGAAGUAAAAUUAAAGACGGCUAAAGAUAGAUAACACGACUUGAACGUAAAAUUAAAAAUUCAUAAUGCAUUUUAAUAUUUUUCGUUUAUAUUCGUGUA